GUGAUGCACGCGCUGGUUAGGAGUCAUGUUACGGACGACUACAACUUCGGCGUUGAGCUUCCAAUUAGGCAGGUAUCAAUCGCACGUGGGGAUUCGCUACUUCAAGUAUGACAUCACCCGUCGAACACAACAACAUUACCGCGCCUCUCUGCAGCGACCAAACUCUUCGAGAUCUCUACACAUUCGAGAAUCAACCUUCAACAUGACGCAACUAGAGGACAAGAAGCAGAAGAUCGACGACAUCGUCUCAAGCAAUGAAGAGGAGGCUGUAAAGAUUGACCAAAUCGCAAAAGUCUGGGGAUGGUUCAGGCCAGAGAAAGACAGCGCAUACUAUCCCAUCGUGCAGCAAUACCUGCAGGGCGACAUCGAUCUCGACACAGCAGCGUCCAAGCUUUUCAAACCAAUAGAUGAAAAGAUCAUCGCCCAACAACUGGACGAUGUGUACUUCGUGGACCUCUGGUACUCUAUCAUUCAUUCCGCAAAGAGUAAUUCCUUCCAUGAAGCUGAAGUCGAUGGUAAACGCAACGCACAUUUCCAUGCCAGAGUCGCCGAUCUGGUGGCCGCCUUCCGCGAACACAAGAUCAAGGACCACGAGGAGUACGAUUACAUCUACAGCUCACUGUAUGAUCUCGGGAUGGCUUGUCGCGAAGUAAACAAUGAUCAACCAGAACCGUACGCAACGGAUAUCGAGAUUGAUGCCUGGGCAAAUGUCAACUUCUUCUGGGCUUGCCUAACUGAGAAAGGUCUCAUGGACUUGAGCCUCUACGCAAUCUGGCGCUUGCGCACAGCACUCGAGGAGGAGCAUCAGGACGAUGCCGAAGGGACAGCGGCGCAGAAGUACGAUGUCUACGUCCCUGCUGCGGCAUCCUGGAUCUUCGGCAUGGGUCGCGCCUUGUACACGAAAGAGGAGGACCUCACUCCUGCAGACCGCAAACAAGGCAACCCAGCCAAAGGCGGCGAACUGUGGAAGGGCAAAGCAGAGUUCAGCAAGGAGCGGUGGGCACUGUGGAAGGAGAGACUAGGUGUCAUCAGCAAGCUGGACAGCGUCUCUGACAAAACAAAGAACAUCUCAAGGGAUACGCUAGAAGCUAUGGAGCGGGCUGAGAGCUUUAAUGUCAUUGCGCACAGCGCGAACGCGGGAUUGUAAGCUGAGCAAUCGGUAUCCGGAUAGUGGUGUGGAUUCGCCGGCAUACGAGGCGGAGGUGGUGAGGAAGCAGGAGUUCUGAUGAACGGUUUUAUAAGUAAUCUCCAAAGACUAUAGAGAACCAUGCUACAUGCCAUGGAAACCGCGUUCCGUCCUAUCCUAUCAU